GAUCUCUAAAACAAUCUCAACUUUAAUUUUGCUCAACUCAAUUUCGAUUUAUCUGACGGAAUCAAUUUUCUUACGGAGAGAGAGGAGUCUCCUUCAAGAAUAACUCCUUCAAUCUAUUCAUUGGACUUCCCAAUGUCUUCCGAAAAUAAUCCAGACUUCACCGGGGAAGAUACAUGUUUACCAAGAUCAAAAUUGGCCUUCGAUUUCAGAGUGGUCGAAAGACCGAUUUAUAAACCAAAUAGCGGUCCACCUCUUCAACCAAUCUCACUCAUUCCUCCUCACGAGUUAAAAGGAAUUAUUCUCGAUUGUUUUCCAUACCCAAAGCCAAACAACCCUAGCCACUUCCUAGUGGGCUACGAACAAGAGCCACAUAAUCGCAUUAUUAUACAUCCAAACAAUAUUCGCAAUUAUGUAUCAGAAUACACUUUGGAAAACUGGGAGCAUGACCGAAGUUCCGCAGAAGAGAGUCGUCUCAUUGAAGAACUUCAACCUCGGUUGAUAGCGUCAGAAAAGGCAAGAGUAUUGCGAGAAUUGAAAAAAGCUGGAAAAUCACGUGAUGAUCUCAGGGAGGAGGAUGCCGAACAGUAUCAGGCUUUGGGAAUGCCGAAGAAGAGGGGCAGGCCUAAGUCUAUGGCGAGUGUUUUCAAACCAGCGCCUAAGCCAGUAUCCGAUCAACCAAGUGGGAAGCGUGGACCUGGACGACCUCGGAAAGUGGUGCCAGUUCAAGUGGUUUCGCCUACUACCUCACAUCAUCACCGGCCUUCUUUGUCUCAGCCAUCCUUAUCCCAGCCAUCUCUAUCUCAGCCAUCUCUAUCUCAAUCAUUUGCUAAUGCACCAAGAGCAAUGUUGGAACAUACAAUUGCCGACUCAACGAGCGAAGAGGAAGAUGAAGAUACCAACUUAGCGCUUGACGAUCAACUCAACCAAGAGGCAACCCACAUGUCUAACACCGCUAUGAAUUUGUCUGCUAUACUGAGAGUUACGAGUCCGGAAAUGCAGCGAUCUAGUCAAGGUCGGGUAAACAAGACUCCUGUUCAUUCACCUCAGAAGUACAAGAUGUCACCCCACGAUCGUCCCAAGAAAGCUGCAAUUCUCCCUGGCAUGAGUGUUAACGCAUAUCCAUACGAGAAUUUAAAAGCCAAUGCUAGCAUCAAUAAAAAGAGCAUGAAAGUCGGCGAAGGCUCAAGCACGCAGAACCAAUUUUCAGCAAGCCUUCAGUUACCCAUUCUAUCAAGUGGCGAACAGCCCACUGGUCGCAAAUUUCAAGGCACAGGUCAGAAGCCUCAAUCUAAAAUUGUCGAUUACUUCAAGGAUUUUGGUACUAAAACUCCUACUUCAAAGACUCUUAAUGUAAACCGAAAUCACGAGCCUUCGUCUAGUUUGAAGCGCAAAUCUUCUCCAUCCAUAGGACGAGAAGGUGAGUCAAGUGGGAAGUCUCGAAGUAAAACCCGAAGACUUGAAAAGGGCUCCGAUGAUUAUUUUGAUGCCGAAUAUAAGAAACCUUGGAAAAAGAUAUCUGGAUCACCCACCGUUGAAAAUCAUGAAACAAGCUUCGAGCCAAGAUCAAGUGCACGGCGUGGAAGUGAUGCUUUCAAUCUCCGUAGUUCUAGAAGCAGAAGUCGAAGGCUUGGAUCCUCUCCUAGUAAUAGAAUGGAGCUCGAGGAUGAGGGCGAGGAUGCGAUUGAAGAUAUGGAUGAAGAUGAAAGCGAACAGGAAGACUCACGAAAACCUUUUGCCGAAGAACCGUCAACAUGGGAUGUAAAAUCAAUAUUGGAUCAUAAGUACGAAUGGAAUGCCAGUCACAACAGGCAAGAACUAUGGUAUCUUGUCGAUUGGGAGGGAGAUUGUGACGCGACAUGGAAGCCUGCUAAUGGUGUCUCGAAAGGGGCCGUCGAUGAGUACAUCGCUUCGAGACAAGCUCGGGGACUUGGUAAUCUCUCUGUUUCGAUUGACGCGAUAGAUAUAGGGGGAAAUGAUGAUUCGUUAUCACGAGGCGAUAAUCUAGAACGCAGUAUUGAGGACAACGCAUACUCUUAGUCUUUGUUCCAGGGGAGAAGUUAAGAACUUUGGGUUUUGAAAGAAAGGAGAUAGCAAAUUAAUUGUCAAGGAACGACUCAAAACUCGGGAUAUGAAGCUGGGGGUAUGCGUGACAGUUUAUUUGGCAUCGGUGGAUCAUCGGAAGAAGCGUAGCGGGAGACGUCUGAGGCUAUGUUUGGUAGAUGUGAGGCACAUUUGGUCAUUAUCCGCAAAACGACUCAAAGUCUUAAGUAGGCAACAAGAAUGGUAAUUUUCAAAAUGAUUAGAGAUACCCAAUAGCAUACCCCAGCAGCUGUUUUCCUGAAAUUUUCGCGGUGGUAUUCGUGUAAGGUGUUUUCGAGAUCUAGUCUAUGCAUGAAAUACUAGGAAUAGCA